GAGGUGACGUUUGCACAACCUGGGUAACAGGGUUCCAAAGGAUAUAAUUUUGGAAGCUAUUAAUCUAUAGGCUAAAGCAAACAACCCAGCAAGUAAAGCUCUUAAUGCUCUGGACCCUCCCUUCCUUUCUGUCCAGUUAGUGUCCCACUUCUUCCUUUUAUCCAAUAGUAUGGCUACUCUGUUUCCAGAAAAGAUCAAGCCCUUUCACAUCUCCGUGCCUAUGCAUGUGUUCUGCUUCCCUCUACCUAGAAUGCCUGUUUCCCUCUCACCCCCUGACUAACUUGCACUCUGGUUUUGAGCCUCAGUCUUGUUUUAUCUGUAACGUGGGAUUAACAGCAAGGAACUCAAGAAAUAAUGUGUUGGAAUAAUGAAAAUAACAUGUUUGAUGGAUGAGAGGUUGAGAAUAAAUCUUAAUUCCCUUCCUUUCUCUCAUAUCAUCCCACUUGUAUCAUUCAUUCCUUAAGGGCAAAGAAGUAUCUUAAUCUUUGAAUUCACAAAAUCCUGCACCUAACAGGUACUCAGUGAAAAAUUAAUGUCAUUAAAAUGGUCAUUUCAAAGUUACUGCAAGAAAGGAGUUUCUGUUGGGAUAAAUAAUUUUUCAUUAUUGAAACAGUAAUUCAUUGAUGAUUUUGGAUCAAUACAGUAGAACAAUGUUUUCCAACCUUUGAAAAUUAUUUGUAAUAUUUUAGUGGGGGCCAUGCAAAGAAGGAGCAUAAUUUUGCCCAUCCCACAGAUCUGGGCUUCAAUAGCUCACACUCUUAGAUAGGAGGGACACGAUUAAGCAAGAGUCACAUAUAUACAAAAUACUCUCUUUUGUCACAACCAGACAAGUUAAAUAAUUUCCUCUAAUAAGUGGGAUGAAAUAACUAGACUAUAUGGAGUUGCUUCUUCAUCAUGUGGCUUACCUUGCAAUGUUUCACAUCCUCACAUACACACCAGCCAUCGUCUCUCCCCUCUUCAUCAAGUUCACCACUGCUCCCAAACUCAGAUAAAAUAAGUUCAGGGAAAACAGCAAACCAGGAAAGGUAGCACUUGGAUGUUAAUCCUUGGAGGUCUGACGCUCAUAAAUGCAAAUACACACUUGAAGAUGUAUUGAGACCAUCUGAUCCAGUCUCCUCUGAAACCCAGGGGGAGUAACAGAGCCAGGACUAGAUUCCUGACUUCCAUUGUCAAGUUCUUGUGGUUCGUUUUCAUUGAUGACUUUAUCCUGGGAGCAGCCUCCCACACCCGAUCCAUUUGCUUGCUGCUAACCUGGCCUCCCAGGUACUCUCUCUCCAGGAGUGAAAGGAGAGAGACUUUUGUCUCAACCACAGCUCAUUAAUUCACUGAGCAAAUACUUUUUGAGCACUUACAAGAUGUCAGGCACUGUGUAGGUGCUGAGGAUAAAGAAUGAACCAGCAAACACUGACAUUUCACUCUAUCCAGGAUGACAGAUAUAGAAAAAUAAAUACAAGCAUGGUGUUAUGAGAAAUACAGUAAACUGUGGCAGCAUUUCAUAGGAGAUACAAGGAUUCAGAGCAAAGGAGUAGGGACAGGCAUUAGAAAAGAAAAGGAGCUGAUCCUUCUCCAACACAGGAAGUCACAAAGGAUGGUUGCAGGCAUGAGUAGACUUGGUGGUAGGAAGUGGAGUACUUUACACUUGACGGGUGCUGUUUACCCCAUGAAGUAGGGGCAGUAUCAUCUAUCUAGAGGCAGCAUCAAGUGUUUCAGAGGUUCAAGAGAGGAGGAAAGUCAUGAUGUGUGUGCACAGUAAAUUCAGAGAAGUGUACAGGAUUGCCAAGCAGUAUUUUGGGCUCAACCAGGUGGAUGAUUAUGAUCUUAAGAUAAUGCCAACUUUCCAAAGGAUCUGUUUUUGUUUUGUUUUUAAUUUUCAUAGCAGCUAGGCAUAGCAGGGCAGAUUCAGCCAGGGUUUGGGUUUUGUCCGUCAAGUGCAUUAACAAGCCGAACGGGCAAGAAAGUUUAUUAUAUUGGCCAAAGAGUGGUUGAAAUGAUGAACUAAGAAAAGCAAACUAGGAAAGGUUGCUGGUGGGCAGGGCUCUAGUAGGUUCCAGUGGAUAUAAUGAAGGAAGUUGGAAACAAGGAACUGUGAUUAAAGAAAGAGGUGGCUGGAUCUCAUGGUCUCAGAGAGUUAGGAGACCUGGCUUCUAGUUCAGACUCUGCAGGACUCAGAGCAUCUCCUUCAUCUGCUCUGGCUUUCAGUUUCGUCAUCCAUGUGUGGAGGGUAAAUAGUGGCCUGAAAUCCUUUCCAGCUGGGCUUUUCUAUGAGUCUACAUUGUUGGUCAAUGUUUUAGGCACUUUGGGAUCUGAAUCAGAUACACUGAGCCUUUGAUUGUGGCCCAAGUGUGCUUGGAUUAUUGGUCCCAAACCUGUUGAUCGAGUUUUCAGAAACUCCUUCAUAUGUUCGGGUGACCCAACAUUUGUGGCUUUAGAUUUUUAUCUCAAGCAUGAGUUGGAUUCCUCCAGAAACCCUAAAUUCAAUCCCAAAGCUGUGCCAUUAUAAACUCCCUUAUAAAUCACGAUCUUCUCAUCUUUAUGGAAAUAAUUCCAGGGCUUAUGGAGGGGAGGGAUGCUCUGGAAAGAUACUCAUGAACAUCCAAUAGUGACCCAGUGUGACAAAGUGACGGAGCCACUUGAAUGUGGGAAAUUGUCAUCAUAACCACCUGGUUGAGAACAGCUUUCACAUGAUUUAUUCCCUUGAGUUAGGUGCAGGAUAUGUAUAAAAGACGUCAGAUCACACUAUCUCCUCGUUGCAUUUGACAUAUCAUCACUUGCCCAAGGGUAGAAGAACAAGGAAAGUAGGGCUACUCUGCUGUAAAGACAUGGGCCCUGGAACCACAAAAUCAAUUACAGAACUUCAGACUCUGUAGGAAAAAUACUGAUACAAAUGAGAUUUAUAAUCACUGAACUUUUGAAAUAUCUGCAUUGCUUUAUAGAGCAACUGAACAUUUUCCAAGAUGUCCUGCCAACAAAACCAGCAGAAGUACCAGCUCCCUGCCAAGUGCCUCCCCAAAUAUCCACCCAAGCACCCCCCAAAGGCUCCUCAGGUCCUGGUUCCCUGCCCCCCUCCUGCCCCUUCCUGCUGUGUCCCCAGCUGCUGUAUUUCUGGCUUUGGAAGCUGCUGCUCUCUGGUGUCCCACCGGUUUCCAAGUGUCUACCUAUGCCAGCCCCAGCCUUCCAACUGCGGUGAGGUGGAACUCUCUGGAUGUUCCAGUUGCUGCCAUAGUUUUGGGGCUACAGCUGAUCUGCAACCUUGGAGGAGCAAAAGAGCCACAGCCAAAGAACAGUCUGGAGCUGACAUCACUUCUCACUCUCGGUUUUAUUCGUCCCUCUCCUCCUGAAUUAAGCUGCCUAGAUGUGUACAUGAUGGAUUCCUCUUUUUCCUGAAAAUCUCACACUUCCUGGCCUUAGCUCUGGUCCUAGGUCAAGAAGACCUGAACGCUGGAGAAAACUCUACUUCCCAAAGCCUUAUCAGUGUGCACAAAUAAAGCUUAUCUUUCCCGGCACCCAAAACUAAUUAGAGUUUGUUG